GAAAUAUAUGAACUAAAAGAGCAAAAAUAGGAAAACAAAAAACAGAUUUUAUGUGUUCAUAUUAUUUCAUUUCGGGGCAAAUGUGAAAUAUUUCGUAAAGGUCGUGCGUAUCAUAGCGUGCUUUGGAAUUUUAAAUUGGCGUGAGUGAAACUGAACUGUUCUUUUGUAAAGAAAGUUUAACCGCCGAGAUUAUGUGUGCUUCGCUAGAGAAAAAUGCCAUCUGUUCGUGAAAUGUACAGAGUGUUGUUCUAAGCGUUUUCGCGAAAAGUCGUCUGCCCUAAAGUGUAACAGAGAGGGGUUACUAAGGAAAAUGCCAGGAGUUCAAAAAUUCUUCAUUCCUUUGAUUGUUAUUUUAAUGCUCCUGGAUUUAAAUUUUUUAUUUUCCCCGUGAUUUCUAAAUGUUGACUUCUAGCGCGUUUGAAUUGAAAUUGUUUUGUUGAAUUGGAUACCCAAAGGAAAUAUAAAAACUCACAAUGGAAGGAAAGACAAUAAUUUUCACUACACUUAUUACUGGUGUGUUUCUUAUAACUUUUAGUGCCAACUAUCCCUCAAGGCUUGAGUUCAGAAGGGAUGGCUGGCACAAGGAUGUUGGUAGGAAACACGGGAAACCUUCUCCUCUCUUGGCGGCAUCUUCCAAGAAGAUCGAUAUAAAUGAAUUUCUCAUCGGAGUUAUUGAGAAUUUCAGAGAAGAUAUGCUCACAGGAAUAUCAGACUUGAAGGUCCCAGUUCUGGAUCCUUUCGUACCAAAGAAACCUUUCAAUGUCGAUGUUGAAGACAGCAAAGCCAGCUUGCAUGGAAAUUUCACGGAUGUUGUGGUCGAAGGAAUGUCAGGUUUUGUCAUGGAGUAUAUGAAUGCAGACAUCCAAAACCUGUCUUUACAGUUUCAUCUGCGAAUUCCGUGGAUGAAAGGCUCGGGCAACUAUAGCAUCGAUGGGAAGGUGAUCAAAAUUGUACCCAUCAGAGGAAAUGGAGAGUUUUGGGUGGAAUCUUACAACCUUAGCCUGGCAGCAAAGGCUUCUCUGGAGAUGUCUGAAGGGGACACGCACCUUCAAUUAUCAAAGGACUUUGAUGUAUUGAUUGAUUUUGAAAAAGUCGAGAUGUAUUUAGAGAACUUCCUUGGGGGUGGAAAGUGGACAGAAGUCUUGCUGAAAAUUCUUAAUGACGUCAGCAAAGAUGUGUUUAAAAAAUUUCUACCGCUUCUAAAGGAUGCUUUGAACAAUUCUUUACUGAAAGUGAUCAACAAACACUUGAUGAAACUACCCAUCACUUCCAUCAUACCAGGAUCCACAGCUGAUGAAUACAUCGAUCAAAUUCUUGAGAAUGUUCACAAUUACGUCAAGAACAACAAAUUGGAUCCCAUGCAAUUGCCAGAUUACGUAUCCACUUUUUCAAAAGAGAUCGUGUACGUCAAUUUUACGGGUGAGGCAAAACUGCACGACGGUUGGUUAAGCGGAGUAUCUACACUCCGUCGGACAGAUGAAUGCGAGCUAAACACCACUCGGACAACGAUAUCAGUUUCAGCUCAUCUUGGACUCAGUAAUCUCAGAGUAUCAUACAGAGGAAAAGCCAAAUUCAUGGCCUUGGGUCCAUCAAUCAUAGUAGGUGGUAAAGUGAAUACUGUAGAAUUCUACUUCCGAAUCCGUCAGACGAAUAAGAAGGGUGCAAAGCCAGUUUUAGAAGAAUUCGAAAUAAUGGAGUUAUCCACCAUUUGGAUCGAAUUGUCCGGUCUUGGUCCUUUGACUUGGGUAUUGAAAUGGCUCCUGACUGGAAUCUCAAAGUUGGUGGAAGACUUCAUCGUGAAUAAAGUUACUGAAAAAGUACAAGAAUACAUGCAAGCAGAAUUUGAGAAAUUAUCUUUCCCUGUUUGAAGAAUAAUACUCAUGCGGCAUCUGAAAAUAA